GGGACAAAAUAUCUCCCCAAAUUCCAAGGCAGGGCCCUCCAGCCUAAGAAAUUAUAUUGGAUUUUCCUUAUAAAGGUAGAACUAGCCAUCUCGGUUAGGUCAUGUAUCGGUGUUCGGCAGGCAAGCAGAGUUGCGAUCCCGCGGGCAAAUUUGCCACCAGUAUUUGCCAGGAUUCAGGUGAAAUACGGAGAAAAAAACACUGUAAGCAAUAUCCGAACUGCCAGAUCAUGGAGACGGCCGAAGACAAAUACACAAAGGAUGGAACAACAGAGACGCAUGUCAAUUCUGCUGAUGGAACAACAGAGAUACAUGGAAACCCUGCUGUAGACAUAUACACAAAAGACGGAACGACGGAUAUACAUGGAAACCCUGCUGUGAGGAAAGACACCGGGAAUUGGAGGGCUUGCCCCUACAUUCUUGCAAAUGAAUGUUGUGAAAGGCUGGCAUAUUAUGGGAUGAGCUCCAAUCUGGUAAACUACAUGAAGUACCGUCUCCACCAAGGGAAUGCCACAGCAGCAAAAAAUAACUCGGACUGGACAGGCACGUGCUAUAUUAUGUCUCUCCUUGGGGCUUUUCUAGCUGAUGCCUACCUUGGAAGAUAUUGGACGAUUGCCAUUUUUGUGAUAGUUUAUAUCUUUGGUUUGACGCUAUUGACUCUGACGGCAUCCAUCCCAGGGCUGAGACCUGCUUGCGAGAACGGUGCCUGCAACCCAACGGAUGCUCAGAGUGCAGCGUUCUUCGCAGCGCUUUAUCUCAUCGCACUAGGUACUGGAGGGAUAAAGCCCUGCGUCUCUUCUUUUGGGGCUGACCAAUUUGAUGAAUCGCACGAAUCCGAGAAGAAAAGGAAGAGCUCCUUCUUCAAUUGGUUCUACUUCUCGAUCAACAUUGGGGCCUUGGUUGCGUCCUCGGUGCUGGUCUGGAUACAGGACAACGUCGGAUGGGGCUUGGGCUUUGGAAUCCCUGCGGUGGCAAUGGCCAUUGCGGUUGCGAGCUUCUUCUGGGGCACCCCAUUGUACAGACACCAGAAACCUGGAGGAAGCCCCCUCACACGCGUCGCCCAAGUCGUCGUCGCAUCAUUUAGGAAAUCCGGAGUGAAGGUACCCGCGGACAAUUCUUUGCUGUAUGAGAUUUCGGAGAAGGAAUCUGCAAUCCAAGGUAGCCGUAAGCUCGAGCACACGGACCAGUUCAAGUUCCUCGACAAGGCAGCUGUGAGGACUCGUGAUGAUAAGAUCAAUGGUCCGGCGGACCCAUGGAUGCUGUGCACGGUCACCCAAGUGGAGGAGGUCAAGAGCGUUGUGCGAAUUCUUCCUAUAUGGGCCACUGGCAUCAUCUUCUCCGCCGUCUACAGCCAGAUGAGCAACAUGUUUGUCAUCCAAGGGGAUACUCUAGAUACAAAAAUGGGCCCCCAUUUCAAGAUUCCACCUGCGUCACUCUCCAUGGUCGACACCAUCAGUGUUAUACUAUGCGUUCCCAUCUAUGAUCGCAUCGUCGUCCCGGUGGCUCGAAGGUUCACCGGUAACGAGCGGGGUUUAACUCAGCUGACAAGGAUGGGCAUCGGUCUGGUCAUCUCCAUAUUCUCCAUGCUGGCUGCUGGGAUUCUGGAGGUGGUGAGGCUCCGCAUCAUAGCGAGGGAUGACUUAUACGACAGUGAUGCCAUUGUGCCCCUGUCUAUAUUCUGGCAGGCACCUCAGUACUUCAUCGUUGGGGUAGCGGAAGUGUUCACCUUUAUCGGGCAGCUGGAGUUCUACUACGACCAGGCGCCUGACGCCAUGAGGAGCAUGCUUUCUGCACUCCCGCUGACCACGGUGGCACUUGGAAACUACUUGAGCUCCCUGCUUGUCACCAUCGUCACGGCCAUCACCACCAGGAACGGGAAGCUGGGCUGGAUUCCUGAUAAUACAAACCGGGCCCACAUUGAUUACUUCUUCUGGCUGCUGGCGAUACUCAGCCUCGCCAACUUUGGAGUCUACCUUUUGAUCGCCAAGUGGUAUACCUAUAAGAAGACAGCAGCUGAGGAUAUUGAAUUGCAGUAACACCUAAAGACGCACAUCUCUAGCUGCUGCUUUUAGGGCUUCGGGUUGGAUGUUCUACAAGCUAGCUGUUUGCAGGUUCGACUCUUUUAUAUAUAUAUAUAUAUAUAUAUUAUAAGUAACAUGUACUGCUUAUGUACUUAAGUGCAACUCUCUAGACUUGGAUUCUACUUGGAUGUCAACGUAAGUAACAUGUACACGUUGGAAUUCGUCGAAAAUUAAAGCUGGUGUACUUUCAAAUUUCAAGCAAUGUAUGAGAUGACUGAAA